AUGUUUAACACUUCUUCUGGUUAAAGAAUUAGAUAUGUUAAAGAAGCAUCAGGAGCAAAGUCAACUACAUAAAGUUUUAAAUAUAAAUCUAAAGAGUGUGAUUUAUCAGCAAAUGAUAGCACAUCAUCAGCACAUCUUAAACCUUUAAUUCAAGUGUACGAUCUAAUUAAUAGUAAUUAGCAAAUAAUCUUAUAAUUAACAUUUUGCAACAGCCUUACCUUUGCGUAAAUUAGCUAGUCCAUAAAAGUAAGCCCCAGUAGAUGGAAGAAUUGUUGAGAGAACAUACUCAUCAGUUAGAACAAGUAAUUAUGUAAAGCGUUCAUCUGUUGCUCCAGAAAAAAGAGUAGAAAAUAAAAGUGUUAUUUAUGAGAAAAGAUCAAUAAAAAUGCCUAUAUGUCCUCCACCAUCUACAAAUGUUAUUGAAGAGAAGCUUGAAGAUGAUUAAAUAUAAGGUCAAGGUAGUGAGAUGCAAAGUCAAAAAAGAAGGAAGAGCAUUACAUUUUUUGAAUUAACAGCUAAUACUAAUUAAUAACAAGAUAAUGAGGAAAUUGUAGAGAUGAUGUCGAAAUAUUCAGAAAAAGAAUUAGUAAACUUAAAUUUAAAUUUAGAAAUAAGUAUAAAAUAUAAGAGUAAUUAUUAAUGGAUAAUUUGAUGAAAGAGAAAUUCAUGUAGACAUUAGUUCAAUUCCUUAUGAAUGGAAAUUAGAAUAAAUUGCUUAAUAAUUAAAUGAAAUCUAUAAAUAGUAAUUUAAUUAGAGUCUUCGCAAUCCUGCUAUUUCAGUACUCAUAGGAAAGAUCUAGACAAAAAAGUUAAGUAAAGAUAUGAAAAAAUAUGAACUUGUUUUAAUGUCUUUAAAAGGAUAACUUAAAGAAUCUUUGAUAGUGUUAGAAGAUAGUUAUUGA